AUGACGUGUCAGCGCAGGUUUGUCAACUGUCAUAAACGCAACACUCCAUUGGGGGAGGCCGAUAAUGGGGAAGGCUGUGCAUAUGUAGAGACAGAAGGUACAGGGGACCUCCAGCCCAGACAUCUGGGAAGAAUUCGGAGCCCAGCCAAUUCCAUGAGCAGCAAAAACUCUGUGGAGCUGCAGAGGAUGACAGCCCUCAGAACCCAGGGCCACAGCAACACCGGUUUCCAGAAUGAAGAAGACUUUUCUGAAAACCAGAACACAUCAGGAAAUGACAACUCAGUAAGCAGCAGAGUUGUGCAAAACAGAGAGCAUGAGAACAGUGAGCAGGGCAAAGAGCAAGUCGCGAUUGAGCAGGAUUCCCCAAGGAAGGACGGAGAUGAGGAGGACGAGCAAGACACUCAUCAGGAAGGGUGCCUGGAAAGGAAGUGUGGUACAGUUUGUGAUUUUUGUAAGAAACACAAAACCACCCUUCAGUACAUCAUCUGGGGCAUUUUAAUAGCAAGUUACCUGGCUCUGGUGAUUGCAGCCUGUGUGCUGAACUUCCACAGAGCCCUCCCUCUUUUCGUGAUCACAGUGGUGGUCAUCUUCUUUGUGGUCUGGGAUCACUUCAUGGCCAAAUAUGAGUCUCGGAUCGACAAGUUCCUGUCCCCUGGCAGAAGGCUUCUGGACAGCCACUGGUUCUGGCUGAAGUGGGUGACCUGGGGCUCCCUGACCCUGGCAGUUCUGCUCUGGCUGAUCCUGGACACCGCCAAACUGGGCCAACGGCAGCUCGUGUCCUUCGGAGGGCUUGUCAUGUACACUAUCCUGACAUUUCUGUUUUCCAAGCACCCAACCAGAGUUUACUGGAGGCCUGUCUUUUGGGGAAUUGGGAUACAGUUUCUUCUUGGGCUUUUGAUCCUAAGGACUAAACCUGGAUUUAUGGCUUUUGAUUGGUUGGGCAAACAAGUUCAGACAUUCCUGGCGUACAGUGAUGCUGGUGCUUCAUUCGUCUUUGGUGAGAAAUAUACAGACCACUUUUUUGCAUUUAAGGUCCUGCCCAUCGUGGUUUUUUUCAGCACUGUGAUGUCCAUGUUGUACUACCUCGGACUGAUGCAGUGGCUUGUUAGAAAGGUUGGAUGGAUAAUGCUAGUGACUAUGGGAACAUCUCCUGUUGAAUCUGUAGUUGCUUCUGGCAAUAUAUUCGUCGGGCAGACAGAGUCUCCACUGCUGGUCCGACCGUAUUUACCACACGUCACCAAGUCCGAACUCCAUGCAAUCAUGACCGCUGGGUUCUCUACCAUUGCUGGAAGCGUGCUGGGUGCAUACAUUUCUUUUGGGGUUUCAUCCUCUCACUUGUUAACUGCGUCCGUCAUGUCAGCACCUGCGGCGUUGGCUAUUUCUAAACUUUUUUGGCCCGAGACAGAAACACCUAAAAUAACCCUCAAGAAUGCCAUGAAAAUGGAAAGUGGUGAUUCAAGGAAUCUCCUAGAAGCCGCAACGCAGGGAGCAUCCUCAUCCAUUGCCCUGGUGGCGAACAUCGCUGUGAAUCUGAUUGCCUUCCUGGCCCUGCUGUCCUUUGUGAAUUCAGCCCUGUCCUGGUUUGGAAACAUGUUUGACUACCCACAACUGAGUUUCGAGAUAAUAUGCUCCUACAUCUUCAUGCCCUUUUCCUUCAUGAUGGGAGUAGACUGGCAAGACAGCUUUAUGGUUGCCAAACUCAUAGGAUAUAAGACAUUCUUCAAUGAAUUUGUGGCUUAUCAGCACCUCUCAGAAUUGAUCCAUUUAAGGCAAGAGGCUGGACCCAAAUUUGUGAACGGUGUGCAGCAAUAUAUGUCGAUACGUUCUGAGACAGUUGCCACUUAUGCUCUCUGUGGCUUUGCCAAUAUCGGUUCCCUGGGAAUAGUGAUCGGCGGACUCACAUCCAUAACUCCUUCCAGAAAGCGUGACAUCGCCUCCGGGGCAGUGAGAGCUCUGAUUGCGGGGACCAUCGCCUGCUUCAUGACAGCCUGCAUCGCAGGCAUGCUCACCAACAGUCCUGUAGACAGUGGCUGCCAUCACAUUUUGGAAUAUGCCUUCAACUCCAGCUUAGCUGGAGACACGACCAAUGUAGUAUCUUGUUGCCAGAGCCUCCUGAGCAGCACCGUUGCCAGGGGUCCUGGUGAGGUCAUCCCAGGAGGAAACCACAGCUUGCACUCUUUGAAGGACUGCUGCGGAUUGCUGAAUCCGUCAACAUUGAACUGCAGCUGGAUCCCUAAUGCACUUUGAGCUCAACUACUUCUCCAACAGAACUUUCUGCUCUGAGGAGGACACAAAAAAGCUAUUUCCACAGAUUGAUACUUCUACCGUGGAAUCAGUUUUAAAUGGAAAGAAGACAAACAGCAGGGAACA